ACAAAGUUAAAAAAAGUAUUGACUUCCGGAAUUGCGGUAAACCUCUUUCUACAGAUCAAAAUGAACAUUAGUGAGCCAAAUGCGAAGAUGGAAGUUAAACAAGACGAAGCUGUAGGAUCCGAAAGACCCCCUUCUGUUGUGGAAAGAUAUUUUGAACAACGGUUUAAAAUCAAUGUGAAAGGGAAGCAGAGAGAAGACCACUGCGUAUUGUCCCAUUCAAACAGAAUCUGCAUUGUAACAUUAGCACAAUCUCAUCCAGUUGUUGCCCAGAAGAAAAAGGUCACGUCUGUCAACUUCAAAGUUAAUGACAACCUUGACAGACUUGACAACAAAGUAACUGGAAAAUCAAAAAGAGGAGCCCAGAUUUUGAAAGCCAACUCACCACUGUGUAAAAUUACGUGUGAUGAUGGGUCGGAGUACACUGUGUAUAGCUGCAUCAGAGGAAUGCUGGUUGAGGUCAACGAACAUCUGUCACAAAAACCAAAUCUUCUUGUCAAUAAAUUUCAGACUGAAGGAUAUAUUGCUGUCGUUCUUCCCCGCCUUUAUGAAUUCGAGAGGGAGAUGAAGUCGUUACUGUCACACGAAGAUUACAAAUCCAAGAUGGCCGACCGAGAUUUGGAGACUCCAGGUGACACUUGAUCGUAGUCCAGGUACCAAAUCGGGGUGGGUUAGAGAACGGCAGGAGGAGUCUACUGCCAUGGACCAGUGGUAUCUCAGCCUGUGUUAUAAUAGGAACAUGUGCCCUAUUUUUUGUGUGAAAAAAAGUAAAGAAACUGAGAUCAUU